CAUAUUCCGGUUUUACAAUGCCUACUUGACUGUGUUGUGCAACUGAGUCCAUCCUAAAGAACAUUGUGUUAUGAACCUAAGUCAUUGUGACGUCAUCAGAAGAGGGACAGUGGGACAGUUGACGACGUUAUCCUUUUUGUGCCCUUCUAAUGUAACAAGACAAGGAGCGUUGUGUGGUGCCGCCACAGCCAUCUUUGGCCAUGCAGCUGGAAGCGCAGCUGCGCCUCUGCCAUAGUUGUUUUUGGUGCUACAAGAGUGGACUGCGUCUCUUGUCCGGGAGCACAGCACAAAGAAGUGGUGUCAACUACUAUGACCUGCUGGGAGUCAAAUCUGACGCCUCGUUGGAUGAAAUCAAAAAUGCAUUUUUCGACAAAUCUAAAAAGCUACAUCCAGACAGCGACCCCUCCAACCCGACGCUGCACGACCAGUUUGUGAAGUUGAACGAGGCCUACCGUGUGCUGAGUAAGGAGGCCAGCAGGAACGAGUACGAUUUCAAAAUCAGACAUUCCUAUAGCAGAGGAGUUGAACAGACCUUCAGGUCGGCGUCCAGCCACAACAGCUAUGGAACCAGAAAUACGACAGCACAUGACAACGUGCGUUACUGGGAGCAAUUCUAUCAGUCCCACGCCCAGCAGAUGUCGUCGGAGGAGAAGGAGCGGCGGCGUAAGAGAAGCUUCCGCCUAGUUGGCUACUGUUUCCUCACCAUGGCACUCAGCUUGGGGGCGCACUUUGUAUUCUUCAGGAAGCUAGAAGAAGUCCACAACAACUACAUGGACGAAAAGGAUCGCAUCAUCACGGAAAUCUACAACGAAGCCAAAGAGAGGGCCAGGGUUAACGGUUUCAAGAAGCAGACAGAAAUCCUCCGGCAGAAACAAGCAGAGUUUUUGGAGAAAUACAAAAUGCGUCACGGCGGAGAGAAGUAGGGGACGUCACUCAUGUGGGAGAUAUUUCUUAGACUUUUACUCAAGCUUGGCCUUUAUUUAAAAGCCGUUUAGCCUCAUGAUGAGGAGCCAGACACAGACUGGCCGAUAAUGUCGCUAAAAAUGAAGUGCUCUGAUGUCACAUAGAUAAAAGGAAUAUUUAAACAAUCACGAGAUUGAGUGGCACAAUAAUACAACUAUUGUAACGACUCUGAAAGUGCAUCAUUAAAGCGGAUGUGUCCAGUUCAACGCAUGUCAUAAGGCUUCUGGCUCCCACAGAGCAUGUCCUUAAAAUGUACUCUUCUUCCUGUAUUCACUGUGUUUUAUCAAUGGAAAUUACUUAUGGUCACAGAAUUGUGUCUCAGGGGAACCAGUGUGGCGUGUCUUCUUGUAUUGUGGCGAAUCACAGGGAUAUCUCAAGGAUUAAUUUCACACUCGCACAAAGGCUCCCUGUUCUGUUUUCCUGAUGAAAGCGUUACAAAGAGGAAACACAGGUUUAUUAUUUUUCUGAAUGGUUGUAGACAUGACUGAAAUCUCAAAUGCAUAACUGCUCUGCAAAUCUUAUGUAUAAAGGAGGUACUAAAACAUUACAGGUACACAGUAGAUAUAAAGAUAUUUCCGUUGGUGAAUGCCAAUGGCUUUUUUACAUGCCGUUUGUCAUUCACUCCAUCAAAUGUGUGAUAUUUUAUAAUGAUUGCAACACAUUUUAUUACCGAAUUGUUUAU